CUGUUUGUUUAUUUAUAUUCCUUCACUUUCUCCGUCUAUUUCGUUUCUCUUCUCAAAUAAUGCGAAGCAUUGUCCUCUCAGCUUCAAACUUCAUCUCUCUCUCUCUCUCUCUCUUUCUCUCCCUAUGUGAAUACACUUGAGUUUUAGAUAUGGGUUUCUCGUGAUCUGUGUUGCAGUCUAGGACCCAUCUUCGAUCAUUGCCAUCAUUAUUAGAUCUAGAGAGAGAAAGAGAGAGGGUUUUAGAGAGAAAGGGUAAUAGAGAAUUGUCAUUGGUGUUUGGAUGGGGAGUUAGUAUGUGUGUGUGAGUUUAAUGUCAAAUGUUGUUUAGAAUUGGAAAAUGAAGAAUUUCACGGGUUUUUUGCAAGGGCUGGUGUUUGUUUCAGCUUCAAAAGUGCCUUUUUGGGUGAUUUGAAGAUAGAGAAAGCUUCAUAGUCAAGGAGCCAAAAACAGAGCCAGAAAUAAAAGGAGUAUUUCUUUCUUAUCUUCUUUGAGGGGAAAAAGGUGGAAAACAUAGAUCCAAGUCAGUCAUUGAGAUGUUUGCGAACUUAUAAAUCAGAACCGAAGUUGAUGUUGAGUAACCUUGCUUGACAUAAGAUUGUUGCUGUGUAGCCGAUAUUCAUCCAAAGCAAACAAUCAGACCUGUGUAAAAGUAACAAUUGCAGAGCUUCACAGGAUUUUCUUGCCAUUAACCUCUUGGCUUUGAACAACCCUGAUGGUUGGUUGCUAUUGAUUUGAUAGGCUUAUUGGGCUGUUCAGGAUAAAAGCUUGUGAUCAAUGGGAGAGGACUUGUGACCCAAAUGGAUCCUCAGGCUUUUAUCAGAUUGUCGAUUGGUUCACUGGGGUUGAGAGUUCCUGGAACAGCAUUGGCUGCUGCAAAAUCUGGAUUACAUGCAUUAACUUCUCCAUGUUCAUGUGAAAUCCGUCUCCGAGGUUUUCCUGUGCAGACAUCAUCGGUUCCUGUAGUAUCUUCUCCUGAAUCUGUACCAGAUCAUCAGAGCAUUGUCUCGAGCUUUUAUCUUGAAGAAUCUGAUUUAAAGGCAUUGUUGGCACCUGGAUGUUUUUAUGCUUCUCAUGCUUGUCUGGAGAUAGUCGUUUUUGCAGGGCGGAAGGGGUCUCAUUGUGGUGUUGGUGUAAAAAGGCAGCAGAUUGGAACAUUUAAGUUAGAAGUGGGUCCCGAAUGGGGGGAAGGGAAGCCAGUGAUUCUAUUCAAUGGGUGGAUAGGCAUUGGAAAAAGCAAGCAGGAGAGUGGGAAGCCUGGAGCAGAGCUUCAUUUGCGAGUUAAACUUGACCCGGAUCCGAGAUAUGUUUUCCAAUUUGAAGAUGAGACUAAAUUGAGUCCUCAGAUAGUUCAGCUUCAAGGCACUAUUAAGCAGCCUAUCUUCAGUUGCAAGUUUAGUCGAGACAGGGUAUCCCAGGUAGACCCAUUGAACACUUGGUCAAGUUCUGUUGAUAGUUCUGACCAAGAGACCGGGAGAAGGGAGAGGAAGGGAUGGAAGGUGAAGAUACAUGACCUCUCUGGCUCAGCCGUUGCUGCAGCUUUCAUAACAACUCCCUUCGUUCCAUCAACAGGUUGUGAUUGGGUUGCCAGGUCCAACCCCGGAGCUUGGUUGAUUGUUCGCCCUGAUGUUUGCAGGCCCGAGAGCUGGCAGCCAUGGGGGAAGCUAGAAGCGUGGCGUGAGCGUGGCAUCAGAGACUCAAUUUGCUGCCGAUUUCACCUUCUCUCUGAAGUCCAGGAGGGGGGUGGGCUUCUUAUGUCCGAGAUUUUGCUCAACGCCGAAAAGGGUGGCGAGUUUUUCAUAGAUACUGAUAGACAAGUUCGAGCAGUAGCAGCGACAGCAACGCCUGUACCAAGCCCACAAAGCAGUGGAGACUUUGCAGCACUAAGUCCGGUUGUUGGGGGGUUUGUGAUGAGCUGUAGAGUGCAAGGGGAAGGGAAGAGCAGCAAGCCAUUGGUGCAAUUGGCAAUGCGGCAUGUGACGUGCGUGGAGGACGCUGCCAUCUUCAUGGCUCUUGCCGCUGCUGUUAAUCUAAGCAUUGAAGCGUGCAGGCCUUUCCGUAGGAAGAUCAGGAGAGUGAACCGCCAUUCUUGGUGAGAUAUUAUAUAUACACAAUAUUAUAUAAAUCUGGUGGUGAUUUAACUCCCAUGAACUGAGGAAACCUGUAAUUUUUUUCUUCUGAUUGGUGUAAAAUGUAACAUUUGACAGUGUAUAUGAUCUACUUUGUCUACAUUUCUCAUUGAAAAUUAGUUAAAACUCUCAACUCA